AUGCACCCCUCAACAACAGGUUCUUCUCUUCUCGACAAUGAAAAGGCUUCUCGUCGUUUGCACAUGAUUGGAGCCCACUUGAUGCAAUCCAACGAUCAUCAAAGAUUUUCCUCUGAAAAUAUUGUUUCAUCAAAUGAAUGCGCUGGAUCCGCAAUGGGUCUCUCUGCUUCCUCUCUCUCCAUGAUGAAGAUGGGAGCCAGUAUUCCAAACAAGAGACAAAAAAUAACAAAAUGGAAUGGAUGGGGAUACAAGGAUACCGAUUUCGUCAUGGAUGAAAAACGAGAUGUCUAUGUUACCGGAGAUCGUUAUAUUCUCUCAGGUCACUACGUCCCUGAUUUUCGUCCUUGGUUUGAAAACUUUACCGGACUCGAUACCAAGUAUCCAUCUCCACCUCAAUCAUGGGAAGAGAUGCAAAAGAAGAUUACCAAACCAAUUAUUUGCAAGGCUUUCGUUGAUGAUAUCAAACAAGCAAAUUGUUUCAAAUUUAUUGCCUUUGAAGAUGAAGUUCGUUUAUUGCACUCUCACGGACACACUUGCCAAGAAAUUUACCAAUUAAGAUACGGAAAAUUUAAGAGAUUGGUGGAUAUGGUGAUUUAUCCUGGUUCACAUGAUCAUGUUCAACAAAUUGUUUCAAUUGCAAACAAGUAUGCUGAUCAAUUGACCAUCAUUCCAUACGGAGGUGGUACCAGUGUUUCACAAGCUUUGAUGUGUCCUGAGAAUGAAACUAGAAUGAUUGUUUCUGUUGAUAUGCAAGAGAUGAAUCGAGUGUUGAGUGUUGACUUUGAGUCUAAUACUGCAGUCAUUGAGGCUGGUGCCAUUGGAAUUGAUAUUCAAAAGGAACUCAAAGAGAAAUAUGGCCUCACUCUUGGCCAUGAACCUGACAGUGUUGAAUUUAGCUCGGUCGGUGGUUGGGUUGCCACAAGAGCCUCAGGAAUGAAGAAAAAUUUAUAUGGUAAUAUUGAGGACAUGUUGGUAAAUUUGAAAAUUGUUACACCAACUGGUACUUGGUCACUUCCAUGUAAUGUUCCAAGAAAGUCCACUGGUCCAGACUUGUUGCACUUGUUCCUCGGAUCAGAAGGUACUCUAGGUAUUAUCACUGAGGUCACUCUAAGAGUUAGAAAAUGCCCUGAAUGUCAAGUUUAUGGUUCAGUUCUUGUUCCUGACUUUGAGACUGGAGUUGCUUGUCUUCAUGAAGUUGCCACCAAGAGAGUUGCUCCUGCUUCAAUUCGUCUCAUUGACAACUCACAAUUCCAAUUUGGUCAGUCUCUCAAACCAAAGCAAGAGAGCGUGUUUGAGGGUAUUGGUGAUUGGUUCAAGAAGAUUUAUGUCACAAAAGUCGCAGGAUUUGACCCUGAAAAGAUGUGCGUUAUUACAUUGUUAUUCGAAGGAACUCAAGAAGAGGUUGAUAGACAACAAAAGAUUAUUUAUGACAUUACUUCCAAGUAUGGAGGUUUGAAAGCAGGAGCUGAAGCAGGUGGUAGAGGUUAUUUACUCACCUAUGUGAUUGCAUAUUUGAGAGAUUAUGGUUUCAAUUAUUAUUUCAUGGCUGAAAGCUUUGAGACUUCUGUGCCAUGGUCCAACAUUGUUCCAAUGAUUAACAAGGUCAGAGAGAGAGUUGUUGACUCUGCCAAGAAGCAUGGCGUCAUUUCUGUACCUUGGGUUUCUGCUCGUGUCACUCAAACCUAUGAAACUGGUGCAUGUGUCUAUUUCUAUUAUGGUUUCAUCUUUAGAGGAUUGAAGGAUCCAAUUCGCGUCUUUUCAGAAAUUGAGGCUGAGGCAAGAGAUGAAAUUUUAUUGCAAGGAGGAAGUUUGUCACACCACCACGGUGUCGGUAAAUUAAGAAAACACUGGAUGCCAGAAGUUAUCAGAGAACAAGGUGUGGACAUUUUGAAGUCGCUCAAGCAAAAGAUUGAUCCUAACAACUUGCUUGGAAAUGGUAACAUGGGCUUGACUAAGGCUGACUUGUCUGUCUCUGCUCUAAUUGAAUAA